GCUGCGAUCCCACAGUGCUGGCCAGGCCCGAAGUGGUCUGGCCUGUUUGGGCUCAGCGGCUGCAGGGCCGUGGUUUCCGAUGGAAAUCAUAUGACAGAAUACUUGGAUGACAUUUAUUUGAAAGAUCUUCAAGAAUUACAGAAGACAAAAAAACACUAAUGCGUUUGAGAAAGCGGUAAAUUUUGGGGGAGGGGGACAAAGCAACUGCUUUCUGAUCUGCAACUUGGCUGGAUGCUAAGAUGUCCGUGGACAUGAAUAGCCAGGGGUCUGACAGCAAUGAAGAGGACUAUGACCCAAAUUGUGAAGAGGAGGAAGAGGAAGAGGAUGAGGACCCUGGGGACAUAGAGGACUAUUAUGUGGGAGUAGCCAGUGAUGUGGAGCAGCAGGGGGCCGAUGCCUUUGAUCCUGAGGAGUACCAGUUCACCUGCUUGACCUACAAGGAGUCCGAAGGCGCCCUCAAGGAGCACAUGACCAGCUUAGCCUCUGUCCUAAAGGUAUCUCAUUCAGUUGCUAAACUUAUAUUAGUUAAUUUCCACUGGCAAGUCUCAGAGAUUUUGGACAGAUACAAGUCCAAUUAUGCUCAACUGCUUGUUGAAGCCCGAGUUCAACCUAAUCCAUCAAAACAUGUCCCCACAGCCCAUCCCCCUCACCACUGUGCAGUGUGUAUGCAGUUUGUGCGGAAGGAAAACCUACUUUCUUUGGCCUGUCAGCACCAGUUUUGCCGCAGCUGCUCUCAGGACUGUCCACUUCGUACACCAGAGGACUUUGUGUUUCCGUUGCUUCCCAAUGAAGAACUGAGAGACAAAUACAGGUCCUACCUCUUCCGGGACUAUGUGGAGAGUCAUUACCAGCUCCAGCUGUGUCCUGGUGCAGACUGUCCCAUGGUUAUUCGAGUACAGGAGCCUAGAGCUCGCCGAGUGCAGUGCAAUCGGUGCAACGAAGUCUUCUGUUUCAAGUGUCGUCAGAUGUAUCACGCCCCCACAGACUGCGCCACAAUCCGGAAAUGGCUCACGAAGUGUGCAGACGACUCUGAAAUGGCCAACUACAUUAGUGCCCACACUAAAGACUGUCCCAAGUGCAACAUCCGCAUUGAGAAGAAUGGAGGCUGCAAUCACAUGCAAUGCUCCAAGUGUAAACACGACUUCUGCUGGAUGUGUCUAGGAGACUGGAAGACUCAUGGCAGUGAAUACUAUGAGUGCAGUCGGUACAAGGAGAAUCCUGACAUUGUCAACCAAAGCCAGCAAGCCCAGGCCAGGGAGGCCCUCAAGAAGUACUUGUUCUACUUUGAGAGGUGGGAAAACCACAACAAAAGCUUGCAGCUAGAGGCGCAGACAUACCAGCGGAUUCAUGAAAAGAUUCAAGAGAGGGUUAUGAAUAACCUGGGGACGUGGAUCGACUGGCAGUAUCUACAGAACGCUGCCAAGCUCUUGGCCAAGUGUCAGUACACUCUGCAAUACACCUAUCCCUAUGCGUACUACAUGGAGUCUGGACCCAGGAAGAAGCUGUUUGAAUACCAGCAGGCUCAGCUGGAGGCUGAGAUCGAAAAUCUGUCAUGGAAAGUGGAGCGUGCUGACAGCUAUGACCGAGGGGACUUGGAGAACCAGAUGCAUAUAGCAGAGCAGCGGAGGAGAACCCUGCUGAAGGAUUUCCAUGACACCUAGGCUGGGACGUGGACGUGCUGGGGUGAGGAAGACGUGGCUGCAAGGUCUCCUGACUGCCAUGCUGCAUGCUGUAGGCUCUGCCUUCACGACCCCAGGCGGCAGCCAGGGCCCCACUCCUGAGAGACACUGGCAACACCUCCUAGUCAUUUUACGUUUUCUUCUCAUCUUCUUGCUUUUUGUUUCUACCAGGGUAGAGGCCAUGUUGAAUUGGCCUCUUUUCAGGACUUUUAAUUCCCCCUGGAUGAUUGUUGGGAGGGAGGGAAAGUUUUUUCUGAAUGGCUAUUAAUAGUAUUAGAUCAUUACAACUUACGUAAUUUUCAGAGGUUGUAUGAUUAUACAACAAAAAAGGCAAACAAACCAUAGGAUAACACAAAGCCCCUUUUAAAAAUAAAUUGGCCUUGGAGUGUUUCAAAAAAAAA